AGAGCUGCCAGAAGAGGACCAGUGAAGAUGUUUGCAAAGCUUCAUAUGCUUGCGCUGGCUUUGUUUUCCAAAAGUGUCUUCCUUUCCCUAGGUGACCACAACUUUAUAAGGAAAGAAAUUAAAAUUGAAGGAAACUUGGUUCUUGGAGGGCUCUUCCCAAUCAAGGAAAAGGGCACUGGUGCCGAAGAAUGUGGGAGAAUCAACGAAGACCGAGGCAUCCAGCGUUUGGAGGCAAUGCUGUUUGCAAUUGAUGAGAUCAACAGAGACAGCCACUUGCUCCCAGGGAUUAAGCUUGGAGUUCAUAUUUUGGAUACUUGCUCACGAGACACGUAUGCUUUAGAACAGUCCCUGGAGUUUGUCCGGGCUUCUUUGACUAAAGUGGAUGAAGCAGAGUAUAUGUGUCCUGAUGGGUCGUAUGCGGUUCAAGAAAACACCCCAUUACUUAUUGCAGGUGUCAUUGGAGGUUCUUACAGCAGCGUUUCCAUACAGGUUGCAAAUUUGCUAAGGCUCUUUCAGAUCCCUCAGAUAAGCUACGCCUCCACCAGUGCCAAGCUAAGUGAUAAGUCCCGAUAUGACUACUUUGCAAGGACAGUGCCCCCUGACUUCUAUCAAGCCAAAGCAAUGGCUGAGAUCCUGCGGUUCUUUAACUGGACAUAUGUGUCAACAGUUGCCUCUGAAGGAGAUUAUGGAGAAACAGGGAUUGAAGCUUUUGAACAAGAGGCCCGGCUAAGAAAUAUAUGCAUUGCCACCUCUGAGAAGGUUGGCCGCUCCAAUAUUCGAAAAUCCUAUGACAGCGUCAUUAGAGAACUCCUCCAGAAACCCAAUGCAAAAGUGGUUGUCUUGUUCAUGCGCAGCGAUGACUCUCGGGAACUCAUCGCUGCAGCCAACCGGUUCAACGUCUCCUUUACCUGGGUGGCUAGUGAUGGCUGGGGGGCCCAGGAGAGUGUGGUGAAGGGCAAUGAACAUGUUGCCCAUGGGGCAAUCACUUUGGAGCUUGCUUCCCAUCCAGUCAAAGAGUUUGAUAGAUACUUCCAGAGUCUCACCCCUUAUACUAACUACCGCAAUCCCUGGUUUAAGGAUUUUUGGGAGCAGAAAUUUCAGUGCAGCCUUCAGAACAGAAAAACCCACAAAAAGACUUGUGACAAGCACUUGUCUAUUAACAGUUCCAAUUACGAACAAGAGUCCAAGAUCAUGUUCGUUGUAAACGCGGUGUAUGCAAUGGCCCAUGCCUUGCAUAAAAUGCAGCGGACAAUGUGUCCAAACACUACCAAGCUCUGUGAGAGCAUGAAGCAUUUGGAUGGCAAGACGCUCUACAAAGACUAUUUACUCAAAGUCAACUUUACAGCUCCAUUCCGUUCUUCCAAAUCUGCAGACAGCGUUGUUAAAUUUGAUAUUUACGGCGAUGGGAUAGGACGAUACAAUGUCUUCAACUUCCAGCAAAUUGGAGGUCGAUAUUCCUACCUGAAAGUGGGGCAGUGGGCUGAGACCCUGACUCUUGAGGUUGGUGCCAUUCACUGGUCCAGAGGCCUUGCUCCCACUGCCCAGUGCAGCGAUCCCUGUGCGCCCAACGAGAUGAAGAACAUGCAACCUGGAGAUGUCUGCUGCUGGAUUUGCAUUCCCUGUGAGCCCUUUGAGUACCUGGCUGAUGAGUUCACCUGCAAAGACUGUGGCCCAGGACGAUGGCCCACACUGGAUCUCACCAGCUGUUAUGACCUGCCAGAAGAUUACAUCAAAUGGGAAGAUGCGUGGUCCAUAGGGCCUGUGACCAUCGCAUGCUUGGGCUUCAUUUGUACUUUCCUAGUGGUGGGGGUUUUUAUCAAGCAUAACAACACUCCCUUGGUGAAAGCAUCAAGCCGCGAGUUGUGCUACAUUCUUCUUUUUGGAGUCUUCCUCUCCUACAGCAUGACGUUCUUUUUCAUCGCUAAGCCUUCCCCAGCCAUAUGCACCUUGCGUCGCCUGGGUCUGGGGACAUCCUUUGCCAUUUGCUAUUCUGCACUCCUGACCAAAACAAACUGCAUUGCCAGGAUAUUUGAUGGGGUGAAGAAUGGGGCUCAGAGGCCAAAAUUCAUCAGCCCACGCUCUCAAGUCCUCAUCUGCCUGAGUCUCAUCAUGGUGCAGAUUGUGGUGGUGUCCGUGUGGCUGAUUUUAGAAGCUCCAGGCACUCGUCGAUACACCCUUCCAGAGAAAAGGCAGACCGUUAUAUUGAAAUGCAACGUCAAAGAUGCCAGCAUGCUCAUCUCUUUAACUUACGAUGUGAUUCUCGUCCUCUUAUGCACUGUGUAUGCCUUCAAAACAAGGAAGUGCCCAGAAAAUUUUAAUGAAGCCAAAUUUAUUGGUUUUACCAUGUAUACGACUUGCAUUAUUUGGCUGGCAUUUCUGCCAAUCUUUUAUGUGACGUCAAGUGACUACAGGGUGCAGACCACAACCAUGUGCAUCUCGGUCAGCCUGAGUGGCUUUGUUGUCCUGGGCUGCUUGUUUGCCCCCAAAGUGCAUAUCGUUCUCUUCCAGCCACAGAAAAAUGUGGUCACUCACAGGCUGCACCUCAACAGGUUCAGUGUCAGUGGGACAGGAACCAGUUAUUCCCAAGCCUCAGCAAAUGUCUACGUUCCAGCCGUCUGCAAUGGACGAGAAGUCAUCGAUUCCACCACGUCCUCCCUAUAAUCCUUGAUUUGGCUUUUGUAUUCUUAGACUGUUAGAGAGAAAUGCGCAUUUCUUGUGCACACGGGGGAAAAAGUGAACAUUUUAAAAGGACUAGCAUUUUUUUUCUAGAAACAGUGUAAUAAAUUAUUUUUGAGGACUGUACAGUAUAUCGUGUUGUUCUUUUCAGAACAACUUUAGCGCCCUUCUGUGAUUAACAGUUCUAGGGGAUGUAUAAAUAGCUAUGACUUGUAGUGCCAGUAUGUUGAACUCAGCCGUGAGAGAAAGGUAAAUUGCCAUGGUAG